UCCAGUUACCAUGAGGUUCCUAAUACUCAUUCCUUUAGUCGCCCUCGUCGCCAUCGCUAACGGCCAAAAUGACACUUCUUCCGAAGAAUCAAGAAUUGUCGGAGGUUACCAAGCCAAUAUCGAGGAUAUCUCGUACCAAGCAGCAUUAGUAACCAACUGGAACAGCGUCUUCUGCGGCGGUUCGAUCAUUAGCGAAAAAUGGAUUGUCACAGCUGCUCAUUGCGUUCCCGGCCGACAUCCGAUGAACAUGCGCGUGCGAGUUGGUUCUUCCACCUUUGCAUCGGGAGGCCAAUUGCUUGAAGUUGUCCGCAUCAUUGCCCAUCCCAACUACAACCCCAGAACCAUUGAUUUUGAUAUUGCGGUUAUUGAAGUAAGUCCUAUGACUCUCGAUAAUACUGUGGGCAUUGUUAGGUUACCAAAUGUUGGAGAAGCACCAAGCCAAGGUACUGUCGUUUUGGCUUCGGGAUGGGGACACGAACAGUCUGGUGGCGUAUCACCGAGCCAUGUGCGAGCUGUAUCCUUGCAGAUUUCCGCCCGAUUCUUCUGCCGAUUGAGAUAUCCUAAUCUGACAAGAAAUAUGAUAUGUGCUCGAACCGCUGGAAGAGAUACAUGCCAGAAUGAUUCUGGUGGUCCCUUGGUGGUUACCACCUCUCGUACUUUAGUCGGCAUUACUUCCUUUGGUCGUGGGUGCGCGACACCUGGUUAUCCUGGCGUGUACGUCAACGUUGCUAACGCGAAUAUGAGGCAUUUCAUUAGCACACAUACAGGACUAUAAACACUUAAAUUGUUAUAAAUGAAAACAUCAAAUUGCGUCACAUAACAUGCUAAUAUAUUAGUUUUUUAUGAUGUGAUGACUUGAAACUUGGAAUGUUGCAAACUGUUGUGUUGUUCUUAUCAAUAAAAUAUUCUCAAACUGUAAA